UCUCUCUCUCUCUUACACACACACGCACACACACACAUAGCCCUCUGCUCUCCCCUGACGUGUCCCCUAAGUGUCUGGAUAACAGAUAAUAGAGCCGGCGACCCGCGGGGGUCUUACAAAAACGGCGCUCGGCGAGAGGGAGCAUCGCACAAGAGGAGAGGAUCACGAACCACAAACACACAGACAGCAGAGCAAACCGGCCUCUCUAACACUCUUCAGUCGCAGCAGAAACAGGAGCAACUCAGAAGCCAAUCUCAACUUUUACGCGCAGAGACCGACUUUUACGCACAACUCCGAGAGCGUCAUUCGGCGAAGUGACUGACAAAAGUCUUCUUUCCCCGGAUGCAGGAGCCUCUUAAGGAUCUUACCUGACAGCAGCGGGCCUUUAGGCGACACUGUAUUAACUGAUAUAGCGCAGGUAAUCCUGCACCUGUAGGAAAAUUUACCUGCUUCUGAUCGAAUGGCUCAGAACUUUGGAACAGAUCCGUCAGAUGGCGACUGAUAUUAAGACUGUCGAGUUAGCUUCGUAAACAUAGCAUUUAAAUAUAACUUUAGAGGCUGUUUUAUUCAACGAUUCAAACUCAAAGAAAACAGUAACCAGUCAUGCCCCGUCCUGGGAAGAACUCUUACAGCGACCAGAAGCCCCCAUACUCCUACAUAUCACUGACAGCGAUGGCUAUCCAGAACUCAGCCGACAAGAUGCUCCCUCUCAGUGACAUUUAUAAGUUCAUCAUGGACCGAUUUCCCUAUUAUCGAGAGAAUACCCAGAGGUGGCAGAACUCCCUACGACACAAUCUCUCGUUUAACGACUGCUUCAUCAAGAUCCCUCGGCGGCCUGAUCAGCCAGGGAAAGGCAGCUUCUGGGCUCUGCACCCGGAUUGCGGUGACAUGUUUGAGAAUGGCAGCUUCCUUAGGAGACGGAAGCGCUUCAAGGUGCUGCGCGCUGAGCACAUGGCCUGCAAGAGCUCCCCGAUGAUGCACUACUUUCACCACCACCACCACCACCACCCGAGCAGCAAGCUGGGCACAGCAUCAGGCCAUCACGACCACUCAGCCGGUCCGACGAGCACCGUUGGUCGGCUGCCUCACUUUCAGGGUUACGGGGGCAUCGCUUGCGCGCAGCCCGGCGGGUUUAAACACCCAUUCGCCAUCGAGAACAUCAUAGGACGGGACUACAAGGGUGUGAUGGCCAGCGGGCUCCCCCUCACCUCUGUCAUGCACCACCUGGGUUACCCGGUGCCCCCGCAGCUCAGCAGUGUGGUCAACUCCAUGUGGCCGCACGUCGGGAUGCUGUCGGAGUCCAUGGGCGGCGUGCCCAUGCCCGCGUCGUCCGAGUACGCGCCCUUCAGUGUCUCAGCUAAGGGCCUGUACCACAACGCCAACGGGCAAACCCUGCCCGCCGUUCCCGUGCCAAUAAAACCCACCCCGUCCCUGGGUCCCGUGCCCGGCUUGACGGGGCUGCAGUCCGGCCCGGCACAGCUCUGCUCACCGGCCUCAGUAAUGGAGAAAAGCGAUCUGCUAGAGGGGAAAGGCAACCCUUUACACCCGGCUCUCCUGCUGUCCUAACCGGGUAAAUUGCGGGUCUUUUUUUUUUUUUUUUUUGAAAAGUAACGCAAACAAGAUGGACAUUGUUAUUGCAUAAACUAAGGCAGACCAGGCAUCUGAGUUAUCAUAGUUAAAGUUAAGUGCAGCUGUAGGAGAGUUGUUAAAACUAAGGUUAACAUUGUUCUGUGUAAUGAAUUUUUCAUUAGACCCAUGUUGAUUGAAAUCAUAAUUUAUUUGCACAAUUUGUGAGGGCAUUUACCACAUACUGUAAUGUGGCACUGAUAAAUACAAUCAGACAAGUAGAAACGCUAAACCCAAAGAAAGCUUUGAUUUAGGAGAAAAACGGUGUAAAAUGCAAACCAACAACUCUGUUUCUAUUUUUGCUCUUAUUCUAUUUAUUUUCAUUUCAAUCUACGGCAGGCCUAUGUCGGCUAAAAACAUAGGCCUUCAUGUUUUUUAAUUAGGCCUGUUGCACUUUUUUGUGUGUUACUUAGUGCAUUGAAAAUGUUAUGCUUGUAUUAUAACACUAUUUAUCUGAAGAUAUUUAUAAAGAACUUAAAACCGAAUCUUCUUUGGUGUUGUAGUUAUUUAAAUGUCCGUUUUGAUGGAGUUUCCACACCUCUUUCACUAUGUCUGCACAAAACAAGUGAAGGAAACACAGGACAAAUUCCUUUAGACUCCGGCAUUCUUUUAUAUUAAAUUGCCGUGAGAUUAAGUGUGUUCUGACUACGCAGAUUUUAGCGUGUGUAAUCAUUAUCUCUCUACACAUAAUAAUUAAAUAUUGUAUUAAGUGGUGUCAAUAUCACUGUCUACAACGAGAAAUAAUAACAG